CUAACCUAUUGUGUAACGCCCUUGUCUGUAAGCCACGUGAGCACAAAUAGCUAAAUUGUCUGGUCUAGGACUAAGUGAGUUUUUUUUCUCCAAGACUAAAGUACUAAUCAAUAAACCAUGGAAUUGAGGCUGCUCAAGGAAGAUGAGAUGCAUCUUAACUGUGAUCUGGGUUUCCACUGACUUCUCAUGGAGUAAAGAAAAAUGCAGUGUUGGAGGGAAGUAUACUGAGCCUGACUUCAGAGAGGGCAAGAGAGAAUGAAGUGCUGGGAAAGUUCAUACAACUGAAAAGCAGUAAAUGUUGUGGCAACUUUUUUUAAAAAGCCGAGUGGUUUUACCAUGCUCAGUGCAAGAGUAAAGUUCCUGGGUUUGUAAGGAUGAUUGCGCCAGAAGGCUCCUUGGUAUUCCAUGAAAAGGCUUGGAAUGCAUAUCCAUAUUGUAGAACAAUUGUGACGAAUGAAUAUAUGAAAGACGACUUCUUCAUAAAAAUCGAGACCUGGCAUAAACCAGACCUAGGGACAUCUGAAAAUGUGCAUGACUUGGAUCCGAACACAUGGAAGAGUGUUGAAGUUGUUCAUAUUGACAUUGCGGACAGAACUCAAGUAGAAUCAGCACUCUCUUCUAGACUAAGAGGGAAGGUUAAAAUAAAGUUUAGCUUUCAGAAAAGAAGACUGAUGGGGAACCUGAUAAGUCUUUAUAUGGACUAUAAAGCUGAUGAGGACCCAGUAUUGUUUCAGUCGAUGACGACCAAGAGAGGACCUUUGGGGCCUAACUGGAAGGUGCUAGUGUCUCAGAGGGGUAGCCGCGUUAGUCUGUAAGAGUAUGUCUACACUACGCGCUUAUUUUGAAAUAAACGUCCACACUACAAAUGCCCAUUGAAAUAGCGCAGAGCUGUAGCUAAAUAGAGCGUCCAUAUUGACUGGCACCUGAAUCACAUUUAAAGCCCCUCAGAAGCACUCCGGGCAGGGCAUGAGGACAGCAGUCGCUUCCUAGCUGCUGCCUGAGGCUAGCUGAGGCUCGUGCUUAAAGGGACCCCCCUGUACAGUCGUGUCUCGGGCGCUUCACCUUUGCCUACCUCCUCGAGGGACAGCAACCUCUUCUCACUACCUGCUCUGCUUGCCCUUGCGCACACCACAGCACUCCAGCCAUGGAGCCGGACCUGCUGCAAAGCACUCACUGGCUCUUGGACCUGCUGCCGCACCUCCUGGUGCAGUUACUGCAGGCUGCCCACAUGGCACUGCAGGAACAGGACCAGCAGCUCACUCUGGGGCACAUCCUCACUCCACUCCACAUGCUGCUCAUGCACCACAGCCCCUCCCACCAUCCCCUGCACACCGUGCACCGCUGCUUCUGACUCUGGGACACCAGUUUUGACUGGUGGGGCCGGCUCAUCAUGGAGCAGUAGCUCCAGAACUUCUGUAUGCAGAAGGACACCUUCCUGGAGCUGUGCAAGUGGCUUGCCCCUGCCCUCCGGCGAUGGG